UGCCCAACAUAGCGUCGCGUCCACCUCCGAGCAACAGUGCACGACGACCCCCCGACCGGACGUACCCGCCUUCGAAGACACCAGCUCCGCAGCGGAGGCAAUAAUCGACCAGGAUCAACCACAACCUACACAGAACUCUGAAGUUGGUUGCCGCGAAGCUUUCAGGCAAGCUUUACUAAGGAAAGGCUUGUCACCAAGUACGGUACAGAUAAUGUUAUCAUCGUUAUCUGAUUCUACCUACAAACAAUACGAUGGCUGCAUAAAGACAUGGAUAAACUACUGCAGUACCCACAACUAUAGCUACAUCUCUGCAUCUGUCCCUGUAGUUUUACAUUUUCUUACCGAUUUAUUUAAUAAAGGUGCUAAAUACGGUACCAUUAACUCCUAUAAGUCUGCCUUAUCAUUAAUUUUAUCUAAUUUAGAAGAUGAUAGGGUAAAACGCUUUAUGAAAGGAGUUUUCAAAUCGAGGCCAACAAAUCCUAAAUAUCAUAUAACCUGGGAUCCGAGUAUAGUUCUCGAACAUUUAGCCCAACAGUGGCCAAAUAAUGAACUCAGUUUGGAAACUCUUUCCAAAAAGACUGCAACUCUAUUGGCUUUGGUAACAGCGCAUCGAGUACAAACACUUGCUCUUAUUAAAUUAAAGGACCUUGAUAUAAGAGGCACAAGUGAAAUAAUAAUAAUGAUUUCAGAUUUAAUUAAAACUUCUAAGCCGUACUCGUUACAGCCUCUUUUAAGAAUUCCUUACUUCAAUAGUCGCUCGGAAAUCUGUCCAGCCAAAUGUCUAGAAUCGUACAUAAAUAAAACAUCAACACUUCGACAUAAUGAUCAUUUAUUUAUUAGUUUUAAAAAACCAUACUCAAAAGUUACCUCCCAGACGCUCAGUAAAUGGAUAAAGGACACGCUUCAUAACAGCGGAGUAGAUACUUCUAUAUUUAGUGCUCAUAGUACUCGCCAUGCGUCCACAUCCACUGCCAAUAGACUUGGGGUCAACAUUGAUGUUAUACGCAAAACUGCGGGAUGGUCUGAUUCUUCUGCAGUAUUUGCUAAGUUUUACAAUAGACAUUUAAUUACUGAUCCUACCAGCUUCGCUAAAACAUUGUUAUCUAAUAAUGAUUGUAACCUGCAAGAAAAAUAA